AUGAAAGAUAUACAGCCCCCGGCACAACUUUUUCAGCGAACCAAAGUUUGGGCGAAAGAUCUACCGCCGCCGUUAGGUCGAGCAGUUUGUUUACAGAGCAAAAUCAGCAAUGUUUCGACGUCUCUCCGCCGCCGUCCACCGUCAACUUCAGGUGACUGCCACUCUCGGCCAUCGUCGAACCGCCGCCGCCGCCGCCUCUCGUUCACACUUUCUGGGGUUUGUCAGACCCUACUCUGUCUCCUCCGUCGCCGCCGACGAUCCCUCAUCCCUAAUCGCCUCCUCCCUCACGAGAUCGUGCGGGAUCUCCGACCAUGCCGCCCUCUCCAUCUCCAAGAAAGUCCAGCCCGACGCCCUCGACAAAGCGCUCUCGGUGCUCGCCGUCCUCAAGGACUACGGCUUCGAAGAAGCUCAUCUCGUCCGCCUCGUCAACAGCUUUCCUCGUUCCCUCUUGAUGGACGUCGAGAAGACCUUGAAGCCCAAGCUGGAGUUCUAUUGCGGGAUCAGCCUCGUCGGAACCGCCCUCCCGGAGGUCCUGUCAGCGAGACCCCGGCUGCUGACGGGCAGCUUGGAGAAGCGAUUGAUCCCCAACGUUGAGUUCCUCAAAUCGAUUUUGAAAACGAAUGAGAACCUCGUGGAUGCCCUAAAACACUCGCCUUGGUUGAUGGCCUUCGACACCAGAACUGCCGUUCUUCCCAAGGUCGAUGCUCUGCGCGCAUAUGGCGUGCCCGAUGAUGUAAUCUUAGUGCUUUUGACCCGUUGCGGCUACGCUUUGGUGGCAGAUACAGAUCGAUUCAAUGAUGCCUUUGACGCGGUAAAGAAGAUGGGUAUCUGUUCGAAGAAACUCACAUUCGCCCAUGCCCUCGGGGUGCUCGCUAUAUUCCCCAAGAAGAAGUGGUUGGAGAAAAUGAAGAACUUGAGGGAAUUGGGGUGGUCGCAGAAUCAUAUCUUGGAGGCAUUUGCAAAAUUUCCUUACAUUGUGCGGGCAUCGACUGAGAAGAUAAGGAAGACUGUCAAGUUUGUGGAAGAGAAGCUGGGAUGGACACCGGAGCACACAGUGAAGAAUCCGUCCGUCCUGGCGUUGAGCCUUGAGAAGAGGUUGAUGCCCAGGUAUGCCGUCCUGAGCAUUCUAGUGCACAUGGGAUUGAUCAAGCCUUGCUUCAUAGGGAGUCAUUUCAAGAUUUCGGACAAGAACUUCCUGGUGCGAUUUGUGACCAAGUAUCAAGAGAAAGCUCCAGAGAUAGUUGAAGCUUAUCAAAAAGUGAAAUCAGAUAUAUGACUAGACAAAUCUGCUAACAAGCAAACUCUUAUGUAAGACAAGUGCCCAACUUGCUCGCUCGCUCACGUCAGGGUCAAGGAGGGAGGCGAAGGCAGAGUUCUUGCGGCCGGCAACGAGCUCGAGGAGGAGCGGCUGAAGUUGAAAACAUCGGCCUUGACAAAGAGGGCGUCGUUCGUGACAAACUCAGGGGCCAUGUAGCAGUUGGCGUCGUCGACACGGGUGUGGACGUGGGUAUAGUCCUUUGGGAACUGACGUGCCAUGCUGAAGUCAAUGAUCUUGGGCGUCCAUCGUGUUGAAUUAUAAAGUGAUGUUCUUAGAAAACUAAGUUAAUCUAGUUUAUUGCGUGUUAAAUGGUUUAUUUUAUAAUUUGGAAGUCUAAUCAUUGAUAGUUUUGUCCGAGUCUUUAGGCGUUUAGAACGUGUCGUGUGUGAUCCUAUUUUAUAGGACAUGGUGUGAUCCUAAUCCUAUUUUAUAGGAUUUUUGAUAGGUUGAAGAAUUUUGAUGUAAAGCCUAUAUAUAGGUUUUUUUUCCUUCUCGUUAGGGUGUAAGAGAGUUUUCCU